CCGAGUACCAAGAAAGAAACAUACCUGUGCAUCAUCGUCUGAAGUCAAGUAUCUUCAUGGCAUCCAUGAACCAACGGUCUGCCCCAAGGGCAUUAGUUGUGGAGGAUAUCAAAGUUGAUUGUAUGAUUCUCAUGCACAUGUUGCACAAACUUAACUGCGAGGCUAUUGCUGUUGAAAAUGGGAAAGAAGCUGUUGACCUUUUCCUUGAAGGGAAAACAUUUGACAUUGUUUUCUCAGAUAAGGAUAUGCCCAUAAUGUCGGGCCCUGAGGCUGUGGCCAAGAUUCGUGCCAUGGGAGCUACUGAGGUGAAGAUCGUUGGGGUCUCAGCAGAUUUCGGUGGCCAGGAGGCAUUCAUGCAUGCUGGUGCUGAUGUGUUUCUGCCCAAACCAGUGAAGCUUGAGACUCUCGAGUCUAUGCUCAAGGUGGUCAUUAGCAAGAAGAACAAGAGCAGCUAG